AUAGUCGCAAAGAGUUUACGCCGCGUCGAAGAUCGAACGGAUCGAAUUGUUAACCUUUCGUAUGGUUCGUUGUUCGUAUUCCUGCUUCUAUCGUUACCGGUCAAUUUUCUGCGUUUCGAAUAACUGUCAAGUAACUGUCAUCGCCACGUGAGAAUGACAUAAGGCAUACAUAUUGUAAAUAGUUCGUCGACGAUAUUACACGUAAACGUAAAAUAUACCAGAUGCCUCGACGGCAAAGACGUACGGACGCGUGCUGCCAUCUGCACCGGUGUUUUCGCGCACGAUCGUUCCCGAGUGCAGCGCUAACCACUCUGCGACUAUUCCGCCCAUAGGAUCGCCAAAAAUAUGCAAAAAUAUGAGAAACUCGAGAAAAUAGGAGAAGGCACUUAUGGAACCGUUUUCAAAGCCAAGAAUCGAGAGACUCACGAAAUCGUCGCCCUGAAAAGAGUACGUUUGGACGAUGACGACGAAGGUGUACCGUCGUCCGCGCUCAGAGAGAUUUGUUUGUUGAAGGAACUAAAACACAAAAAUAUAGUUAGGUUGUACGACGUGUUGCACAGCGACAAGAAACUGACUCUAGUCUUCGAACACUGCGAUCAGGAUCUGAAAAAGUAUUUUGAUAGUCUGAAUGGAGAGAUAGACUUGGAUGUUGUCAAAUCCUUUCUAUAUCAGUUGCUGCGUGGAUUAGCAUUUUGUCACAGUCGGAACGUACUGCACAGGGAUCUGAAGCCACAAAAUUUGCUCAUCAACAAGAAUGGGGAGUUGAAACUAGCAGACUUUGGACUUGCGAGAGCGUUUGGAAUACCAGUGAAAUGUUACUCUGCAGAAGUAGUCACAUUAUGGUAUCGUCCGCCAGACGUUCUCUUCGGCGCCAAGUUAUAUACAACGUCCAUAGACAUGUGGAGCGCAGGAUGUAUAUUCGCUGAACUGGCGAACGCUGGGAGUCCGUUGUUCCCUGGGUCGGAUGUGGAGGAUCAACUUAAACUGAUAUUCAAGAUGCUCGGAACACCGACCGAAGAGACUUGGCCGGACUUCACUACGCUCCCCGACUAUAACGGCUACAAGCCGUUCCCUCCGUAUCACCCUGGCCAAGGAUUGGCUCAUGUUACGCCAAAACUGAACGCCAGAGGCAGAGACUUGUUGCAGAGACUGUUAGUGUGCAAUCCGGCAUUACGAUUGUCGGCGGAAGAAGCGAUGACUCAUCCUUAUUUUAAUGAUUUGAACCCAGCCGUGAAAAACGAUCGUUGCCAGUAGCGCAUUCCAGUUAAUCUAGCCCCUGACGAUGGUGGGGGCGCAUGUACCGCGAGUAGCGCAGCGACCAAAACCAAUCUGGUAAAGAUCAUUUGUUAAUAUAUAUAUAUAUAUAUACAUAUUGAUAUUAUUAUACGCGUAAUAUUUCGUAUCCGAUGUGUCGCGUCGACCGCGAAGCGAGAUGAAACAUACCGACGAGUCCUGUUUUUCUAAGAAAGCCCAAAGAGUAACGAAUGAACUUGUCAAUUUGAUCGGUGCCGAUCAUGUUCUAAGGAGCCAAAUGAAGAUGGAAAAGGGGGGAAGAGAAAAGGGAAGCGGAAGCAUGUACAGAAAAUACUUUAUAAAUUCACGCGUGUAUCGUUCCUGUA